AUGCCACCUCCUACCGGGACACUUGUUCAUGAGCUGAGCCAGAACUGGCUAGGCAAGGCUGAUAUUGCUGUGCAGACGGUUCUGCUGGCUAUUGGCUUUGUGGCAGUGAGUCUGCGGUUAUGGUCUCGGCGAUUGCUGGGAGUUUCGUGGCAAGGAAAUGACUACUUGAUAGUAGCGGCAAUGAUCUUCAUGGUCGGCCGCUAUACUGUCGAGCUUGCCCUUAUCCUACUUUGUGGAAUGGGCUUGCAUGCAGCAGAGGUUGCCAGUGUCGGUGGCCCCGAUCUUUUUGUUCAAUUUGACCAGCUUACAUAUGCCGGUGACCUUCUCUGGAUCACCAUCGUGGCGCUGAUUCAACUCUCGAUUUUACAUUACUAUCUCGGGAGAUUCCCACGUCAAAUCAUCAUCUGGGCCAGCUAUGUCACCAUGGGCCUGUGUACCGCGUUGUGGAUUGCAAGCACAUUUGCAACUGCAUUCUUCUGCACGCCGCCGAAGAAGGUGUGGCUAUCCGAUAUGGAUGGUCAUUGUGGUAACCGGAAAAUGCUGCAUCUGGGGACUUCUGUGACCGAGGUGGUCCUCGACGGAGUGAUUCUUCUGCUUCCCAGUCCUGCUAUACGGGACUUGGUCCUUUCCAGAGCCAGGAAAGUCGCACUGGGCUGCAUAUACGCUCUUGGAAUUGGUAUCAUCGCCGUCUCCGCCGUUCGAAUCAAAGUCGAAUUCGACCUGGACCCAGAGGAUCCAACCUACGGCUCAGCACGAAAAUCGCUCCUCACGAGCAUUGUACCUCUCCUAGGCAUCAUCACGGCAUGUUUGCCAGUGCUCUCCCCAUCUGUCCAGAGAACCUUUGGAACUUCAGUGUUCUCGUCAACAACGGAUGGUAUAUCCACUAGUCCCAUAUCCCCGAGCUGGAAGUCGACCCUUCUGUCAAAAUCGCAUAUGGAAGAACCCGAGAUACCACUGGUUACUGUCACGAUGCCGCCGAUGGCGAAAAAAUUGAGUGAGCUGGCUCACGGGCAGAUCAAAAUUACUUCUGACUGGGAAAUUCACUCUGCGAGGAAUUCAGCGCGGCUGGAACGCGAUUCUAUCCGUCGGGGAUGA